GGGCCGUGCGAUCACCUCUCAUUGUCAUACUGCUGGCUGUCAAUUGAGGCGGAUAAUGAAGAAAAUAAGUUUUCGCGCCUGGUUUUUGUUGGCCUCGACGCUCAUAGUGAGCGGAGACAGCAGGGUAUUCAACGGCGUGGAUGUGCUGCCCGGCGAAAUCCCGUGGCAGGUGUCCGUGCAGCUGUACACAGGCUUCCACUGGUGCGGUGGCUCCAUCAUCGGCUCCAACGUCGUGCUCACCGCCGCCCACUGUCAAGGAAAUUGGGGUGCAGAAAGUUUGCGGGUGGUGUCGGGAACAAUAAAUUCAGACUCCGGGACAGUCCACAAGAUCAGCCAAAUCAUCAACCACGAGGCUUAUGACGAGCUCACGCACGCAAACGACAUCGCCCUUUGGAAGAUCGAAGGUGAAUUUGUCUGGGACAACCAGACUCGGCCCGUUGACCUUCCUCCGCAGGGAUUGGAAACUCCUGAGGGCUCAGUACUGACCAUCUCUGGCUUCAGAUCUGUCUCGUCAAACCCUGAGCAUCUGCAAAAGAUUGAAAUUCCGGUGGUGUCGUUUGAGGCGUGCAACGCAACCUACACAGGCCAGGUGCCCACGGGGCAGCUGUGUGCCGGAGUACCCGAGCAAGGCCUGAGCUCGUGCCAGGGCGACGAGGGUGGGCCGCUAUUUCUCGGCACGCAAAUCCGCGGCAUCGCCUCCUGGGGCAGCAACUGCGGCUUUCAGGCCUCGCCAGGCGUCUACUUAGAGGUCGCCGCCUACCGAGACUGGAUUUUGGCGAACAUCGGCAUCUGAUCAACCAAUUCUCUGGAUCUCACUAAUUUUUGCCUCUUUUUAUGAAAAAUAAAAGAUAAAAAUUGCUGAAA